AUGUUUCCCACGAGGGCGCUCUGCGCUCGAUCGGUCUGGAAAGGGCCCAACAUUGUUCCUCUCCCAAUUGUACGAGCGGCACCGGGCGCGAGAGUACCCCCAAUCAAGACGCAAGCACGCUCUGCGACGAUUCUUCCAAACUUUGUCGGCCUGAAGUUUCAGAUACACAACGGGAAGAACUACCUAGACAUCACCAUCACUGAGGAUAUGGUUGGACAUAAGCUUGGAGAAUUUGCACCAACACGGAAGCAAUUCACCUAUAAGCAGACGAAGAAUAAAUAA